CUUCCUUCCCGUGUGACGACCCGCGGGGCCCAAAUCCUAACAUCUAUCACAACUAUGGAUGCUUUCCAAGAAUAUUUUGAAGAACUGACGAUGCAACAAGAGGAGAUAGAUGCUCGUGUAUUAUUUCCGCCCGAAUCUGAUUUUUCCAAGGUGUGUUCCUGCAACGAAUGUUGUGAGCAAAUAAAGUAUCUGAAGGAAUUUGAGGCAGAUCUGCGGUCUAGAGCGGCAUUAGCCAAAGCUCGUGUAGACGAAGUGGAUCCAAAUGUGAAUCUUAUUAUGAGCCUCGUUAGUGCCUUUGAUGGUACGGUAAAAUUGUGGGGUUUUCUUUUUACGAACCUUCAAAGACUAGACAAGAAGACAGUAGGCAUAUUGGAGAUCAACAGAAUGAAAUCAGCAGAUGAUAUGAAAAAGAUAUAUUUUGAAAUUCUUCAAAAGCUAGUGGGUGUUAAUUUUAUUGGUGAUGAUGAUGUCCAAGAUUUAGAAAAUUCUCUAACAGACUGCGCUGCAAAGUACGCUGUUUAUGCUGAUAUUCUUUCUCUCAAGCACGAGAUCGAAGUUGCUUGUUAUCAUUAUGGAGACACCAAAUUUAAGGAUCUCGUGCACAUUCUCAAAGAGUUUGAAGGCAUCGAAGAAAACCAUGAAGAAGACAAGAGACUUGCUGAAGAAGAAGAAAGACCGCUUGAUGUUUCAAUCUCGGAGUCACACAUUGUCAACCAAAUUAAGUGUUUACAGAAGUUGCCUGUUGAUGAGAUAUGUCAAGAAAUUGAAAAGGCUAUGCCAAUAAUUGAUCCCAAGUAUGUCAACUUGAUCUGUAAAGAGUAUAACGAUAUUGUUGAAACUUGCACGAAAAUGAUUGUAAUCAGAAGGCAGUUUUGGAAACAAUAUGAAAGGAAUGUUUCCCUCACAGGCAACAUGGACCCGGAGAAACACAGCUGGAGUGGAUUGAAGAAAACACUCCAUUCCUUACGCCAGCAGGCUGAUUGCUUCAACGAGCUGUUGAAGACAUCUGAGCAAGACGUCACUCCAUGUUGAGGAUCAGACCCUGAAAGGUUAAAGACACACUCUGGAUGUGAGAAAAUGAUGCCAUCUUCACCAUCUCUUGUAAAAGUUUAAAGAGACGCAUGAGUGGCAUGACAUAUGGAGAAGAAAUUUGAUUUACCAGAUAGUGUUGUCCACACAUUAUAGAAUAUUGCCAAUUAAAUCGUUUCUUAAUAUUUAGUAGACGAGUACUUGAUAAUUCUUGCUGGUGUAUUAUUUCCGCUGUUAUAUUGCCAACUUAUAUAUAAGUGUACUUUAUAUAAGAAACAAUUAUUAUAUCUAUUUACCUAUUUAGUACUCCCUCC